CAGUUGCAACUGAUGCCAGAGCGCAGGUCAACACUGGAGCCAAGCAAAUACUGCCCGCAGUGGCAUGUUCGCGGAGCGUGGAGGCUGAUUCCCUCUCCUCCAGAGCCACAGAGCAGCUGUCCUUCCAGGAUGAUUUUAUUCAACCAAGUGGGUUAUUUCAUUUCCUUGUUUGCUACAGUUUCCUGUGGAUGUCUGAAUCAACUGUACAAAAACAGCUUCUUCCGAGGCGGGGAUAUAGCUGCCAUCUACACCCCAGAUGCCCAGUACUGCCAGAAGAUGUGCACCUUCCACCCCAGGUGCCUGCUCUUCAGCUUCCUCUCGGUCGCCCCAACGAACGAUCCCAAUAAAAGGUUUGGUUGUUUCAUGAAAGACAGCAUUACAGGAACUUUGCCAAGAUUGCAUCGGGCAGGUGCCAUUUCCGGUUAUUCUUUAAAGCAGUGUGGCCAUCAAAUAAGCGCUUGCCACCAAGACCUAUAUGAAGGACUUGAUAUGAGAGGGUCCAACUUUAAUAUAUCCAAGGCCAACAGUGUUGAAGACUGCCAGAAACUGUGCACAAACAAUAUUCUCUGCCAAUUUUUCACAUAUGCUACAAAUGCAUUUCAUAGACCAGAGUACCGGAACAACUGCUUGCUGAAGCUCAGCGCAAGUGGAACGCCCACCAGUAUAAAGACGCUGGAUAACCUGAUAUCCGGAUUCUCACUGAAGGCCUGUGCCCUUUCAGAGAUCGGUUGCCCCAUGAACAUGUUCCAGCGCUUUGCCUUUGCAGACCUCGAUGUGGGCCGGGUCAUCACCCCCGAUGUUCUCGUGUGUCGCACCAUCUGCACCUUCCACCCCACAUGCCUUUUCUUUACAUUCUAUACGAACGAAAGGAAGAUAGAAUCCGAGAGGAAUGUUUGCUUUCUUAAGAUGUCUAAAAGUGGUUCCCCAAGUCCCUCUGUUCCUCAAGAAAACGCUAUGUCUGGAUUCAGUCUCUUCACCUGCAGAAAAGCUCGCCCUGAACCCUGCCAUUUCAAAAUCUACUCUGGAGUUGACUUUGGAGGAGAAGAGCUGAAUGUGACCUUCGUACAAAAAGCAGAUGUAUGUCAAGAGACUUGUACAAAGACGAUUCGCUGCCAGUUCUUCACCUACUCGUCAGGUCCACAAGACUGCAACGCGGAGGGGUGUAAAUGUUCCUUAAGGUUAUCUGUGGAUGGCUCUCCAACUAGGAUCACCAGCAGGGCACAGAGGAGCUCUGGAUAUUCUUUGAGAUUGUGUAAAGCUGUGGACAAUUCUAUUUGCACAACGAAAGUAAAUGCACGAAUUGUGGGAGGAACAAACUCCUCUUUAGGGGAGUGGCCAUGGCAGGUCAGCCUGCAGGUGAAAGUGGUGUCUCAGAACCAUCUGUGUGGAGGGACCAUCAUUGGACACCAAUGGAUCAUAACGGCUGCCCAUUGCUUUGAUGGGAUUCCGUACCCAGAUGUGUGGCGUAUCUACGGUGGGAUUCUUUACCUGUCAGAGAUUACAAAAGAGACGUCGUUCUCGAAAAUAAAAGAACUUAUUAUUCAUCAGAACUACAAGGUCGGAGAAGGCAACUAUGAUAUCGCCCUAAUAAAGCUCCGGACGCCCUUGAAUUUUACUGAAUUCCAAAAACCAAUAUGCCUGCCUUCCAAAGAUGACACAAAUACAAUUUAUACCAACUGCUGGGUGACUGGAUGGGGCUACACAAAGGAAGGAGGUGAAAUCCAAAAUACUCUACAAAAGGCAACUAUUCCUUUGGUACCAAAUGAAGAAUGCCAGAAAAAAUACAGAAAUUAUGUUAUAACCAAGCAGAUGAUCUGUGCCGGCUACAAAGAAGGCGGGACAGACGCUUGUAAGGGAGAUUCCGGCGGCCCCUUGGUUUGCAAACACAAUGGGAUAUGGCAGCUGGUGGGCAUCACCAGCUGGGGUGAAGGCUGCGCUCGCAGGGAUCACCCAGGAGUCUACACCAAGGUCUCUGAGUACGUGGACUGGAUCCUGGAGAAGACACAAGACAGUGGUAUAAGUGCCCUGGAGGUGUCUCUGGCAUGAGGAAGCUGGGUAGUGAGGAAGAGCCCGGUUGACACCAGUUAUACCACCUGCUCCCAAGUCAAACAGAGAGCCCCAGAAUUCUCUUCUGCAAAAUGAGGACAAUGGUAUCUGCCUCCCAUCCCGGCCAUGGGAUUAAAAUCUCAGUGUAGAUACAGUUGCUGAAAACAGUGUCUUGCCGAAGUACGUUUCCUGCCUUGUGAGAUCAUUCUCAUCUAACUUCUGACUCUAGACCCCGCAGAUCUCAGAGCUACCUUCUGUCUGCCUCACUCAUUCGUUCAUUAGACCCCGGUGCUGUUGUUCCAUGUGGCUCAAAGGACUGAGGAACCCGGUUCCAUCUGGUGGAAGGAGGAGACCUUUGUGACAUUUUCUUUACAAUAAAAGGGUGGCUUACUUGAGCAUGAGGGGACAGAGCACCGUUUCCCCUAAACCACCUUCCUGGCCAUCGUCACAUAGUCUUGACUGUAUGUACGUGCCGGUCCUGUAAUGCUGUGUCUUUCUUGCUGUGUGCAGCUCCUGCGUUGGCUGAUCACGCAGUGCUCACACAGGGCAGGGAAUCUGAUGGGAAUCUCCCAGAGAAUGCUGGGAGUGCCGUUAAUCGUGCAUUCAUGAUGCAAUAGCAAUUCAUGAAGUAGGAUUGGAUAUAGCGUAUUAUCUAAAAUCCAGGCUUGCAACUGAGUGGAAAGAUAGUAGACUGUCUUGGAAUAGAGGACGCUAAUCCUCAUGUAACACAAGUUCCCAGCUUGCCAGCGAUUCCUGGAGUAGACUGUACGUGCAUAACUCCAGUUAGUCAAGCUGAUUAAUAUUUACAUGGAAUUGGCCAUUUACAAACGACUGCACAAGUUCAGUAGACAAGCAGAAAAGUAAAAGUUUCUGUAGAGGAUUAAACUUUUUCUUCCAUGUCCAAAGACUUGUUGAGUAGUUUAGGGGAUAAAAUAUGGAAGAGCUAAUGGGUUAGCCACAGAAUUUGGCGAUGGAACACGAAGAGGUGGGAAUUACCCCAGGAGCAAAUGACUUUUGUAAGAUCUGACUGGGUCGCUACGAGAUGAUUUUCUUUUGAAGCUCACAGCUUCAACUUUUACUUUUGUACACAAUAAACAGUUUUUGUCUUA